AUGGAUCAGACUGAAAUUUAUGAUGAAUUUGGAAAUUAUAUAGGUACAGAAUCAGAAUCUAAUUUAGAUCUAGAGAUAUCAUUAGAUGAAGAUGAGGACCAGUCUAGUGAUUCACAAAAAAAUCCAACACAUGAUCCUACAGAAGUUGAUGAUGUAAAGAUGAUAAAUGGAAUAAAUAGAAUUGUAGAUGGUAUGGAUAUAGAGAUGGAUAAUGAGGCAAUUAUUUUACAUGAACAUAAAGAAUAUUAUGAAGAUGCAGAUAAAAUCUUUGGUAAAGAUGUCGAAAUAUUGUUUGAAGAUGAGGAUAUGCAUCAUAUAGAUACUCCAACUAUUGUACCUUUAAAAGAUAAUAAAUUUGAUUUAGUAGAAGGAGAUAUAAAUCGAAUACAAAUAACAUUUUCUUAUGAUUAUAUGAAAGAUAUGAUGAAACAACCAAAAUUAAUUAGAAAUAUUGCUAUAGUAGGAGAUCUACACCAUGGAAAGACAAGUUUAAUAGAUAUGUUAGUUAGAAUUACUCAUAAAUUUUCAAAGUUAAAGACUGAAAAGUUAAAUCGCUAUACUGAUUCAAGAAUUGAUGAACAAGAACGUGAAAUUAGCAUUAAAGCAACUCCCAUUUCUCUUAUAUUACCUAAUUCUAUAAAUAAAUCUUAUUUAUUAAAUAUUAUUGAUACUCCAGGGCAUGUAAACUUUAUGGAUGAGUUUUGUGCUUCUAUUAGACUUUGUGAUGGGGCUGUAAUUGUAGUAGAUGCAAUAUUAGGUAUUUCUAAGCAUACUGAACGUAUGAUAUAUUAUUGCUUAAGAGAGAAGCAUGAUAUUGUACUUUUAAUAAAUAAAAUUGACAGAUUAAUUUUAGAGUUAAGAAUUCCUCCAAAUGAUGCUUAUUGCAAGAUAGGAUACAUAAUUAACGAAGCGAAUGAAGUAGUAAAAUCUUUUUAUAGUUUAUAUAGAGCUGAUAAAAAUGAGAUAGAUCGUUUAAUAUUCAGUCCAGAAAAGGGAAAUGUUGGAUUUGCUUCUGGUAAAUUUGGUUUUUGCUUUACUUUACAAUCAUUUGCCAGAAUGUAUUUGAAAGAGUCUUAUACAACAACAAGUGAACUUAUGCAAAAUAUAGAUAGCUUUUGCAAUAAUCUUUGGGGAGAUUUAUAUUAUUCUAAAAGUUUGGGGAAAUUCUUAAGAUCAAGUAAUGAAUCUACAUAUAAAUUUUGUUCAUUUGUUCAAUUUAUUUUAGAACCCCUAUACAAGAUUUUUAUAUAUUCUUUAUCAGAACAGCCUAAAGUUCUAUCUACACUUCUUCCAUCUAUUGGUGUGUAUUUAAGCAGAUCAGAACUUAAAAAAAGUCCAACUAGUAUUUUAGAUACAAUUUGUAAGAGAUUUUUCGGAGGUGCAAAUGCCUUUACAGAUUUAAUAGUUAACAAUAUAUCAAAUCCAUUGGAGGCAUCUCCUAUUCGUACUUUUAAUGAAUAUACUGGUCCUCAAAAUGAUUUAUUAGCCCAAAGAAUUAGAAAUCUUUCUUAUGAUAGUCCUGCAGUUGCUUUUGUUACUAAACAUUAUCAUACAAGUUCUAUGGAUUCAUUUUAUUCAUUAUGCCGCGUUUACUGUGGAAUUCUUAGAAAAGGAGAUGUUGUUAAAGUUCUUGGAGAAUCUUAUACUGCUGAAGAUCCUGAAGAUAUGUCCAUAUGUACUAUACAAAACAUUUGGAUAUUUCAAGCAAGGUACAAGGUUGAAAUUAAUGAAGUACCAGCUGGAAAUUGGACCUUAAUAUCUGGAUUAAACAAUUCUGUAAUUAAAACAGCGACAAUAAUAUGUGAUACAACACGAUCAAAUAAAUAUAACAAUAAUAAACCUUAUAAAGAAGUAGAUGAGUUAUCUUGUAAAAAUAUAAAAGAUGAAAUUUUAAUAGAAGAUCAAAGGAAUCAAUAUUUAACUCAACAAAAUGACGAUUUACAUAUACUUCGACCAUUAAAGUUCCCCACUAAUAAUGUGAUUCGUUUAGCUUGUGAACCAGUUAAUCCAUCUGAAUUACCAAAAAUGUUAGAAGGGCUUAAGAGCCUUGAUAAAGCAUAUCCUAUUCUCAAAACAAAAGUAGAAGAAAGUGGAGAACAUGUAAUAUUUGGAACUGGUGAAUUACAACUAGAUUGUAUAAUGCAUGACUUGAGACGUUUAUAUGGUAAUUUAGACGUAAAAGUUUCAGAUCCUAGUGUCCAAUUAUGUGAAACAGUGUUAGAUACAUCUGUAGUAAAAAGUUUUGGAGAUUCAAGCAAUAAGCAGAAUCGCAUAUAUAUUAUUGCAGAACCUUUAGAAAAGGGCUUGGCUGAAGAUAUUGAAAAUGGAAUUGUAAAAUUUUAUGAUUGCAUAGAUAAUGAAAGUACUAAAUAUCAUCAACAAAUUCUAAAGGAUAAAUAUAAUUGGGAUCAUUUGGCCUUAAGAUCUCUUUGGGCUUUUGGCCCAACUUUUGAAGGAGCAAAUGUCUUGAUAGAUGACACUUUAUCUAGCAUUACAGAUAAAAAAUCUUUAUAUGAAAUCAAGGAAAAUAUUAUACAGGGUUUUCAAUGGGCUACUAGAGAAGGUCCUUUACUUGAGGAGAAUGUUAGAAAUGUAAAAUUUAAGAUUUUGGAUGUAAGUCUUGCAUCUAAUAAAGCUAGUCGCGGAACAGGCCAAAUUAUUCCUGCUGCUAGAAGAGCUUGUUAUACUGCUAUGCUUAUGGCUUCUCCAAGAUUAAUGGAGCCCAUAUGCCUAGUUGAAAUUGUAUGCCCUUCAGAGUCACAUAAUGCUAUAGCAAAUGUAUUAUUGAGAAGGCGUGGGCAUUGUGGGAAGGAAAAUCCUAUUCCAGGAACUCCUUUAGUUACAAUAUAUGGUUUUAUCCCUGCAAUUGAAUCUUUUGGAUUUGAAACUGAUUUAAGAGUCCAUACUAGUGGGCAAGCAUUUUGUUCCACUUGCUUUGAUCACUGGGCACUUGUUCCAGGGAAUCCACUUGAUAGAAAUAUUAUAUUAAGACCACUUGAACCAGCUCCUAUUCCUCAUCUUGCAAGGGAAUUUCUACUGAAAACAAGGAGAAGAAAAGGCCUCAGUGAAGAUGUGAGUGUUCAAAACUUUAUUGACUCCCCUCAACUACUUAAAGCUCUGAACCAUUAG